AUGUUCUGGAAGUUUCUUGUCAGUGGCCUGGUAGGCUCGGCCUGCUCGGCCUACCACCGCGGUCCCACGAAUGUUUCCCUGGCCCUCGACCCGCCGACGCUGUCCAUCAUUAUGGACGCGAGCAAGGACAUUGUCCCCAUCCGCGCCGUCAUUGUGGGGGGCGGCUACGCUGGCAGUAAGAUGGCCUAUCAGCUGGACAGCAUGUUCGACGUCACGCACAUUGAUGAGAAAAACUUCUACGAGCUCACCAACGAUAUCAUUCCUAUCAUUACCAACCCGUGGAAGGAAGAUGUGAAUCCAAAAGCGUGCCGACGCAUGAUGGUCCUGCACCGCUAUUACCUCAAGCGCAGCAACGUCGUGACGGGUACCGUGAUCGGGGUGGAUGCGAAGCAGGUGUACCUGCGCGACGGCCGCACCGUGCCGUACGAUCUUCUCUUUCUCGCAACGGGCGAGCGCAAGCCGUUCCCUUUUCAGACCCGCGAACGCACCAUCUCUGGCCGGGUGCAGGAGCUGAAGCGCUUCAACGAGUUUCUGCAGUCCUGCAAGAAGGUCGCCGUCGUUGGUGGCGGCCCCGUCGGCACAUCCCUCGCGCACGACUUGGCAAGUACACGACCGGACCUGCAGGUGCACCUGUUUCACCAGCGGGCUGAGCUGCUGCCGCGCCUCCCCGGUGUGUGUCGGCGCCACGCUCAGGAAAAGCUCCUGUCGAAUCCGAAUCUGCAUCUCCACCUGCUUACCCGCGUGACGGACGUAGACGGUGUAGUUCUGCCGAGCAGCGGCGACAAGGCGGCCUCUUCCUCGUCACCCGCACGCCACUCAUGUACCGCCCAGCUGGUGAACCAUCCCACCUCGAACGUGGCGGUGCCGGAGUCGUCGCUGACACUCGCCACAACCAACGCACCGUGGUGGCGCUCGCUGCUGAACACCGUCUGGCCUCGCCGCGGCGUCGUCCCAGAUCAAUACAGCGUCCACUACGACACGCUGCAGAGCGAGGUGCGGCAGCAGCAGUCCAUUCUCCAGCAGGUGUAUUACGGCAAGCAGGACGAGGUGGGGAAGUGCGGGGUGGUCCAGGCACGCGGGGUAGAGGAAGGCUUCGAUUACGUCUUCGCGCUGACCGGCGACACCCCCCGACCUAUCCAGUGUGAUGAGCUGGAGGGCAGGUCGAGAAAACUACCGAACAUCCUGCGCGAGCACGAGACGAGAGAUGGCCAUUACCGCAUCAGCACACUCAUGCAGUUUUUAGACCACCCGAACAUCUUCGCUGUGGGGCGGUGCACAAACUUGCCUGUCAUGCGCGGCUACGGCUCCAGCGACAUUGAGACCCGGACGCUCUUCCGCGAGCUCAACUCCGUCGUCACCAAUCCCACAACGAUGUUCCUGCACUCCCGCGACGGCGUUCAGCUGUCACACAUGCGAAUCCCACGCAUACACGUCCGCCUCGGCGUCGACGACGCCGUUGGGUGCACGCCGUGGUCGGGAGGCAUGACCGGCGUCUCCUCGGUGCACGAGUUUAUGCAAGACCGCAGCUACCUUCUGAGGGAGUUCCAGAAGCCCGUCUUCUACAAGCAGCAGGACCAGGCAAAGGUCAAGCAGCGAGUAUCGCAGUGGAUGGAAGAGGAAAUCACUGACAUCGUCGACUUCUCCCAUUGCUAG